GCGUGAUGGUCUUCUCUAUCGAUCGGUUUGUUCCUGUCGCGCUCUUUAGUUUCGCUUUUAGCUGUCUGAUGCUGAAUGGUUGUGUUCUCGUCUAAUGGGUUGUGCUGAAGUGAAAACGUGCUGAAACGGAGCUCCAAAUGGCGAACCCGACCGAGCCGUUCAAUCCGGCAGUUGCCUGCGUGCCUGUAGUCAAAGUCGAAAUCAGCGUGUCCUGUAGGCAACUCAAGCUGAAGGAUGUUUUUUCCAAGUCGGACCCUAUGUGUGUUUUGUUUAUGCGGACUUGCGACACGGACCAGUGGUGGGAGGUGGGGCGCACAGAAAUGAUACGCGACUGCCUUGACCCUGACUUUGUGACAAAGUUCCUAGUGGACUAUUACUUUGAGGAGCGUCAGCAGCUUAUGUUUAAAGUGUAUGAUGUUGACAGCAAGAGCAUAAACCUUCAAAGUCAUGAUUUCCUUGGCCAGGUGAACUGCACGCUGGGAGAACUCGUCGCCUACCAAGGCACGCAGGUCAAGCUCCAGCUGUCGGGACUCCCAGGCAACUGUGGCACCAUCUUAUUGACCGUUGAGGAAGUCCUUGACUGUAAGCGGAUGGUCGACAUGCAGUGGCAGGGAAAAAAGCUGGACAAGAAGGACUGGUUCGGCAAGUCGGACCCUUUUCUGGAGUUCUACCGUGUCAGCGAAGACAACAGUUACACAGCUGUGUUUCGUACUGAGGUGGUCAAAAGGAAACUGAACCCAACAUGGCGUCCAUUUACCAUCCAGAUGCAACAGCUGAGCGGUGGUGAUCAGGACCGCACCAUACGGGUGGCCUGCUACGACUGGGAUUUAGGCGGAGGCCACGACCUCAUUGGGGAGUUCCACACCAACGUGCGCACCCUCUCUGAGGGGCCAGGCCCAGCAAACGAUUAUGAGCUUAUCAACAAGAACAAGCAGGCCAGAAAAAAAAGCUACAAGAAUUCGGGUUUGGUGAAGUUGGUGUCCAUUUUGAUCAGAGAACAGUCCACAUUCCUCGAUUACAUUCGUGGCGGAUUGCAGAUGCACUUCACGGUGGCCGUGGACUUCACGGCGUCCAAUGGGGACCCUCGAGACCCCGCGUCUCUGCACUUCCUGGAUCCAAUGCGACCCAAUGCAUACGCGAUGGCCAUUCGGGCGGUGGGAGAGGUGAUCCAGGACUAUGACUCGGACAAGAUGUUCCCUGCUCUGGGGUUUGGAGCACGCCUGCCACCUGAUGGGCGUGUGUCGCACGAGUUCUUCCUCAACGGCAGCUCCACAGACCCGUACUGUGCCGGCAUACAGGGUGUUCUGGAAGCCUACCAGAGGACCCUCCAGUCUGUUCAGCUGUAUGGUCCCACCAACUUUGCACCAGUUGUCAACCACGUGGCAAAGUUUGCAAGAAGUUAUCGUGAUGGCCAAAGCUACUUUGUGCUGCUCAUCAUCACAGACGGUGUCAUCAGUGAUAUGCCACGAACAAGGGAGGCCAUUGUACAGGCUUCCUCCCUGCCCAUGUCCAUCAUCAUCAUAGGUGUAGGCAAUGCCGACUUUUCAGCCAUGGAAGUUCUGGACGGAGAUGUGGUGCAGCUGAGCUCAGGUUGCCACCGAGCUGAACGAGACAUUGUCCAGUUUGUGCCCUUGAACAAGGUCCUUCAAGGUGGUGGCACCUGGCAGAGCUAUCAGAUGAGGCUUGCCAAGGAAGUGUUGGCCGAGAUUCCUGGACAGGUCACUUCUUACAUGUACAAGCACAACAUCAAGCCUGGACUGGUCCAGGAGACCGAGGGCCCCCCUGUAACUUAAAUAUAUGCAUAUGUUCAGGCUGUGAAAUGGUAAAAACAAAUUAAUGCUGCCCUUUUAUUUUUCAAACAAGAACUGAAACUGGACCAGGAUACUAGUACUUGCUGCCAUUUGAGAGAUGAACCUGCGCUAUAGCGGGACAAAAAAAUAAUUCCAAAGCAGUUUUGUGAUUGGCUUGCCCGGUCAAAAAAAGCAAUUGACUCCAAUUGGGAAAUUUCCAAUUGGUACCAAUGGAAAAUUUCCAAUCGUAAAUUAGUACAUAACUGGACCAAUUGAACCAACUGGAACGUGACCAAUUGGUUUUUGUUGGAGUGACAUAUUGUACCGAAUGGGUGCCAAUUGGUUUGAAACCAAUUGGUUGGAAUGGCCAGUUGCACUAGUGGGCAAUACCAAUACACAUAUAUACCCCGCAAAGUAAACCUAAAUAGGAUUCCAGCUGUCAGAAACAGGUUUGCUAUAGCCUUAGUACUGCAUGCAUAUAUAGCUAUAACUAAUUCCAGUUUCCUUGAAUGGGUUCAUAAACUGAAAGUAUGAUUUCCCAGUUGGUUAUGUUCUAGCUAGUUUAUUCCUAUUGGUAGUCCAAUAAGACUCAGUUGGGAAUGUAAGGUGGGCCUAGCUAGUUCAAACUGGCAAGUCCAAUUGGACUUAGUUGGUUCCAUCCCUGACUCAAUCGUAACCUAUUGGAGGUAAAGAUUUCGCAAUGGGCCCAGCUGAUUCCAAUUGGCAAGUUCAAUCGGGCCUCAUUGGUUUCACUUUGACUCAGUCAUAACCAGUUGGAACUAGGGAUUUUCCAGUCAUUUCAAAUUGGGUCCUGAUCAUCUUAAUUGGCAACUCCAAUUGGUUUCUCCUCUGAUCCAGUCGUAACCGAUUGGAAGUAAGCAUUUUCCAAUUGGUUCCUAUUGGUCCCAGUUGGUUCCCAUUGGAAAAGGUAAUUGGAGUAAAUAGUUUUUUUUUUUUUUUUGACUGGGUUGACAAGGUCUUACACAAAACAAACAACCUCUUUUGGCACAUAGAAAAGCUGUGAGUGAAGCCACAUUGGUUGUAAAAGAUUUGAAAAAAAUGUGACCAGAUGUUCAAGGUGUUUAUGCUAUUACAAAGUUUUCACUUGGGGUAUACAAACUUCAGGGUGUAUCAGUUAAAGCACAUUAUGAGGAAGUUUGGGAGGUGUCUGACUGAUUCUGGAGGUGUUAAAUUGCCAACCUGAGUGUUUUGCAUGUUGUGAGUAUGUGUUUUUACUUUCUCUGCUGUGUAUGGUCGAUGCGGAAAGCUCUGGCAUUAGUAUUGAGCUACCAUAUUUACCUCCGUAUAAGUCAAACCCUUCCUUAAAGCAAAACGUUGGAAAGUUAUGGGUAGAACCUACAUAUAUCUACAUUUGGGUUUGGGUAAGUUCUCCCAAAUCUGCACACUUUAAUGUUAACCAAACAUUUUUUGAGCACUUUCACUUGUAUAACGACUAUACUCAUGCUAUGGCCACAAAUGGCAGUUUUUUGCAAAAUACUCCCUCCAAGAUACCUUCAGACUCUACCCAGGUUCAAGCUGCACGCUGUAACGUAAAGAUACAAGAAAUACCAUGUUUCUGUGUUGCAAGUGACAAACCCAGCUCAUCUGUAAUGAUGUGCAGCAAAAGUUGUGUGGCCUUUCCUGCAUUUUGUAUGUGUUGGUGUUAUUCUUACCCAAGACUCUGUGUGACCCUGUAGUAGCUUCAUUUUCUGAAAACAGGUUAACUCAAACCCCCAUAUUCUCAAGUGAUCCUCCACUCAAAGCUCGUUCUCGACUCAACUGAGUGGAGCACAACACGACCUGUUGACUGAAAAGGAUGCUGCUCUUCUCAAGAAUGCCUGUGGAGCGUCACUGAAGAGUAGCAACUUCUGUGCCAUCCACUUCCUCGAGUCUAGGUGGAGGGCUGAGUAGAGGAACAUUCUAGAAAAUAGUAAUUGUCCCAGACUACGCUCAUCAAGGCACCACUACCUGUCAAAAGUGGGGCUACACCAAAGCCGCCCACCUGACUGCCACAUGUGGACCUAUGGUAAGGUUAACUCUCAUUACAAAAUUGUUAGCUGGGCGAAAAGAAAAGAACACAUUUUUGUUAAUCUCAUAGCCGUAUACUCUGACUUUAUCAUGCAGUUUAAUUUAAUUUUAUAUUUAGCUAUCAUGGAAGUCUGUGGUGCAGUUAUUCUGUUUAUUCUUUGCAUUUUUUUAUCAUCAGACAUACUUUUCUACUCCUUACAUGGACUUGUGAGACUAUCACAUUUAUGCAUUCUUCUACUGGUAGCAAGAGCUUGCCAGCUCACAUGCAGCCCUCUGUGAAGAAAACUCAGUGAUAGCUUUUUUGCUCAAUUGCAGUGCACAAAGUGCACGAAACUGGCGCUCCAUUCAUUAGAAAUGCAGUUACAUUUUAUUAAUCUUACAUAAAUGUUUGCCUGAAGCAUGAAUACAUAUAUGCCCUCCUGCAUUUUCAUGAACUCUUGGUGUGGUACCACAGGGUACUGCACCAUCAUUGCAAUUGAGCAGUGCCUAUUGUUUAAAACAGAAGCAUUAGGGUUGUUGCAGACUGACAUUUGGCAUCCUCCAUUGGCGUAGCCAGAAAUUUAUUUCAGGGUGGGGUUCUCCGCCGACAACUUCCACUCUUCCCCCUCCUCCACCCUCUCUCUCUCACUCUAUAUAUGUAUAUAUAUAUAUAUAUAUAUA